CUCCCUGAGGAAGAUUGUCCUAAAGGGGCGCGCCGUCGCCCUCCGUUGCUAAGGAGGGCCGCGGCCCUUAGCAACCGACUCAGGGAGCCUCCAUGGCGGCGUCCGCCAGCCCCACCGUCUUCCUGCUGAUGGUCAACGGGCAGAUCGAGGGCGCCCAGUUCCCGGAGUUUGACGACCUUUACUGCAAGUACUGCUUUGUCUACGGCUGCGACUGGGCUCCCACUUCGGGUUUGGAAGAAGGGAUCUCGCAGAUCACCUCGAAGAACAGAGACGGCCCCCAAGACCUAGUCUGGAAUUUCCCCAUCGAGAUCACCUUCAAAAGCACCAACCCCUUCGGCUGGCCACAGAUAGUCGUCAGCGUGUAUGGCCCUGACCUCUUUGGGAACGACGUGGUCCGCGGAUACGGAGCCGUCCACAUUCCCUUUACUCCAGGGAGGCACAAGAGGACCAUCCCCAUGUUCGUCCCAGAAUCGACGUCCAAGCUGCAAAAGUUCACCAGCUGGCUCACAGGAAGGCGUCCGGAGUUCACCGAUCCCAAGGUGGUCGCGCAAGGAGAGGGCCGUGAAGUGACCAGGGUCCGUUCACAAGGUUUCGUCACCCUCUCCUUCAACGUGGUGACCAAGGACAUGAAGAAGCUGGGCUACGACGUCAGUCCCGGGAUCACGUCCAACCCAUCGCUGAUGUCGGUACCCGAAGGGCUUCAUAAAUAUUAAGCCAGAGGCUGAUCUGGCAGCCCUGCAUCCAUCCCUGAAACACACAGGGAUCGCUCCAAACACAGACUCAAGGUGGGUGUUGUUGUCAUGGAUGUGUCUUUUGCACCACAUCAGCAUGGGACUUGCCCUUUGCAGAGCCACUGUCAACAGCACACAUUUGAAUGCUCUGAGAAGUAUCAAUCUCCCUAAAGCUGGUGCUUUCCAAACCUACUUAAUCAUCCAGUCUUCAUUGAGGUUCAGCACUUUUUAAAAGCUUCCUUCUUUUGUACCAAUUUCUGCAAUAAAGGUGGAGAGAUGCUUAUCCAAA